CUUGUGCCGUUGUGCGGAGUUGUUUGAGUAAAAAUUAAAAUAUGUAAACAAUCGUUUAACAUAAAAUAUUACUAUUAACGAUUCCAGCACUGCAUUAAUUUAAUUCUAUAUUCAACAAAACACUUUUUACCGGUAUCCUAUUUAUAGUAAAUAAACAUUAAAUUCCAAUAAGUACCCUAAAUCAAUUCUUUAUCACUUGUCGAAAGAUAAUCUCUAUUACAUAUAUCAUACAGUUUCCCGGCAUGUAACCUAACCAUACCGCAACUGUUCCUAAUUUCUCAAUACUGCAAUUAAAGUUAAAUUGCUUAAUUAACACAAGUGGGGAAAAGUAACACCGAAACCAAAUGAUGCAGUAAGGUACUACAUGUAUUUGUUUACUCAUAUCGGUUGAGUUUGCUAGUGAUAUUCGAUAGGCAUCAUGUUGACGUGGUUGCUACACAAAUGGAUUGGUUUAUGGCUACUUCUGAUAGCCCUAGGAGGUAUUUCUUUGUUCCUUUAUGGAUUCUUCCCUUUAAAAUAUCAUUCCGGUAAGCUGGCGCAUAGGGACGACUUGCCAAACUUCAUUGAAGGAGUCAGCAUUGACGGCCAUGAAGUAUAUAACUCAGGAGAAAACAGCGUAGUUUUAAUGGUGAUAGAUGGUCUCCGAUAUGACUUUGCAACAGAAGAAUACAUGCCCUACACCGGGCAGCUGCUUAAAAAUAAAUCGGCUUGCAUUUAUGUAUCUGUAGCUGAACCUCCAACUGUCACCAUGCCUAGGAUAAAGUCACCGGAACGUAAGAAGGAAAAGGCACAGUGGAGGCGCACAAUAAACUUCUGGCGGGAUAUAUUCGCCAUGAUGACAGGCAGCGUGUCAACAUUCGCGGACGUCGCUUUGAAUUUUGGCGCGCCAGCCGUGCGCGGUGACAGCGUGUUACGUGUUGCCAACGCGAAGGGAUGCCACUCUGUGCUCUAUGGUGACGACACGUGGUUGCGACUGUUCCCUGGUCUAUGGUCGGAGCAUGACGGCACUACGUCGUUCUUUGUAACGGAUUAUACAGAGGUAGACAACAAUGUCACUCGACAUUUGGAUACUAUCCUCACACCAAAUGAGAAUAAAAAAUCAAAAUUUGAUUUCUUGGUGCUUCACUAUCUAGGUUUAGAUCAUAUUGGUCACCUAGAGGGCGCUAAGAGUCCUAAAAUUAAACCAAAACUGAUAGAAAUGGAUGAUGUUGUGAAGAAAAUACACAUGGCUAUGCAGAAAUGGGAUAAUACAGGUAUCCUUAUAAUAUGUGGUGAUCACGGCAUGCGAGAUGCCGGCGGGCAUGGAGGCUCCUCUGCUGCAGAGGUAUUGGUUCCUCUUGUUGUUGUUAAGAGCGGUGGCUUCGAGUGUCCCCAUGCCACAGGCCCAGGCCCAACAGUGGCUCAAGUGGACUUAGCACCAACGAUAUCGUGGCUAUUAAACGCGCCCAUACCGGGUGACAGCACGGGCAACAUUCUGCCCGCGCUCAUGCCGGCGGACAUCAGGCAACACUUGUACUUGUUGCAUGUGAUCGCCGCGCACAACGCAAAGCAGGGCCUGCCCACUGAUACUGAAUUUUUCAAGCAAUUCAAACGUGCGGAAAGUCAAUUCGCUCGCUAUCUGUCCACUGGACAAGAGAGCGCGGCGAAAAUAGCUAAGGAGUUUUAUCAGGAAUCCCUGCAGGAGAUGACUAAAUAUUUGGCAGCUACUACCACUGAUUUUGACAUGUUUUCUUUGGGAUUGGCCACUGUUUUACUGUAUUUGAUUAUGAUAGCCCUCGUAUGCGUGACUCUAUACUCCCUACAACCAGACAACCAAAGAAAAAUAAGCGUCACAGACCAGCAUAAAACGAACAUGGGCUCUGUCGUAGCAUUCGCUAUAAUAUUCGCUGUAAUCGGCAUUAUUCUCACAAUCAGCUGCUUUAUAACGGAAACUAAGAGCCAAUUCUGCUCUUUUACCCCCUUGUGGUCUAUAGCGUUCACAAUAACAGCAUUCGUUCUGACCGUUGCAUACUUUAUUAUUAAGAAUGGUAUGGAAAAAAUUCGGGAUUUAUCCCCAUUAAGGGAACUCAACGCUAUAGACUAUUUGCUAGUGAUCGGGACGCUUUUCCACUCUUGGUCGUUCUUUGGAACGAGUUUUAUAGAAGAGGAACAUAUGACGUGGUAUUUCUUCUGGAAUACUCUAAUGUUCUUCGUGUUAGUGAGAACAAUAGUGGUGGUUGUGAUGUACUUUAGUAAGAGAUAUAGUGGAGCUACGGAAGUGCAGGAUAAACCGGAGUUGGAAAGUCGAAUGAGCGCUGUGGGAAUUGGUAUUGUACCGAAAUGGGUGCUGCUUAUUGCACUGCAUCGAUAUCUUCGUACAAUGAACCAAACAGGAGACAGGUGGCUAUUUCUUCCUGAUACAGCGGAUUGGUUGAAUGCCCCUGAGAAUUCAUUCUAUUUACAAGCUCAUCUAGUUAUUGGAACGUUACUAACACUCGCUAUUUGCCUCUGGAAUGUUCGAUACAUGAACAACUACUUGAAAAUACACUCCAUCCUGACAAUACUCGCAACUAUGUGCAUACUUUGCUACCGUAUAGCCACCAAUGCCCUAAACACUCCCUUUGACGACAUAAAAACUUGGGACAAUAUACUAAUAGUAGAUGUCUUCUGGUGGAUUCUAAACGCACAAACAAUAUUCGAAAUAAUUACAUACAUCGGAGCUUUUAGAGGCUGCGGUAGCCAAUUGCCCAAUACAAAUAAAUUCGUCUAUAGCAAGCCAAAAGAAAAGUCGGAAGAUUACUUCUACGAUGAUAUGGAAGAACCCUGGAAUGUGGACGAAGUUAAACUGAACCUUAUUAGAUCGUUGUCUCAUAUAAUGUAUAACCAAAUGAUGUUGAUUAUAAUACUAUUAAUGCGGCCACAUAAUGUGAUAAUGGUGCCGAGUAUUUAUAUAACUUGUACGAUAACAUCUAAGUGCUUGGACCAUAAGUUGUUGGAUGCAAGGCCGGGCAGGAAUACAGAAGUAGCUGAUACUUUGGGGCUGGCUCUAGUUCAUAUAUGGAUUGGUGCUGUGUUUUACUUCUAUCAGGGCAACUCGAACAGCCUCGCGUCGGUGGACCUGGGCUCGGGCUACGUGGGGCUGGGCGCGUACAGCCCGCUGCGCGUGGCGGCCCGCAUGGGGCUGCACGCGUACGCCGGGCCCGCGCUCGCCGGCGCCGCGCUCUUCUGCAACCUGGCAACCGCGCCCGCGCUGCCGAGGUACCUAAAAUCAGUGUGGCGUGUGAUCAACAUAAUGGCGCUGCAGCGAGUUUACCAGCUAGCCAUCUAUUGCGUCAUAGCCAUCAUAUUCCGACACCACUUGUUUGUAUGGUCGGUGUUUUCCCCAAAACUGCUUUACGACUUCGUCGCUACAGUAUUUGCAGUGCAAGCUCUAACGACUAUUGCGGAAAUCAAUAUUCUUACCCACAUUGUAAGCUGGAUUUCGAGAUCACUCACAUACAAGAGAUUGUCAUAGGGAAGGCCUUUACAGCGUCCGACGCUGAGAAACCUCGCGAGAAGCAAAAAUAGACUUAAACGCAAGUGCACAAGGUAUAAAAUACACGAGUGGAGAGAGAGGCAGAGACAACUGAAUAAGUUUUUGAAAUCCGAUAAUUUGGACAUUAUCACGACGGACAAGGUGCAAUUGAAAGUGUUGUUACGGUGACUUUGUGUGAAAAAUAAAUAUUAUAAGACUUAAA